CCUCCCCUGGACCAUAUAAGCGAGUUGAGGAUUUUGUCAGAAUACUCCACGGAGAGAAAUCUGCCUUCCUCUAAACCCAACACCACACAGCUAUGAUUUCAAUCAGAGGCCUCGCUGUAUUCUGGAUGAUUGCGCUGCUCACUGGUGCAAAUCUUGGAGAAACCAAAAGGAACUCUUUCAAAGAGCCGGACGUCCCGUUCCCACCGGCCUGUCCAACUGCUCAGAACCUCGCAGCAAUCUGCCAUUAUGGUCAGGGUCGCCCCAGAUACCCGGACAGCUUCUUCCCGCGCUCGGGUUCCAGUCACUUCCGUCGCCGUGGCAACGCCAUCAACCGCCUGGAGUCGUGGUACAGCGUGUGCUGCAGUGGACAAGUGGCGCAGCAGAGCAGCCUGAUCCUGUGCUGCGCCCAGCAAGCUUGGAAACAAGCCUUGUCUCAGUUCUGUACGGAGGAAUAUUCCACCAUGACUCUCGCGUACGAGUGCUGUGAGGACAGAGGAGACGCCCGGUGGGUGUGCUUCGACAGCGAGCUGCCAAACCCGGACUACAGCCCGACACCAGGCUACACUGCCCCCGCCGUCCCUCUGGAGCCGGGAUUCAGCUUCAAUGCAAACGCCUGCUAGAGGCUAAAAGAACCUGUAUCAGUAAAAUGCGCAAGAUAAUGCUGAGCUAAGACUUUCCAUAUCUUUUUUUUUUCCUCCAGGCGCUCUGAAGAGGACUGGUUUGGUUUAUGCUCGUUCAGUUAUUUCACCAGCGCUCUGUUUUAGUCAUGCUUUGUUCAAAUGUCAGAUAUGUUCAAAUGUCAAAAAAAAAUACGCACUGCUUGAAUUUCACAAGCGCUGGCCUUAAAUAAUGAAGAUACACUUUGUCACUUAAUUAGGUACAGAAGAAGUAUUAAGUAAACUUUUCUUAAACAAAUUAACAAAGGAAGAAAAGAAAGAAUAGACAUCCACUUGCUCUUGUAAUAAAAUAAUUGUACAGCAGGGGUCAGCGUGACCUCAUGCUGUCUCGUGACAAGAGUUUUGUGCCCAAAUCUAGGGGAAAUGUGCAUUAACAAUCCCAAAUAAAUGCUUUUCAUGCGUUCAA